AUGGUAGAAAUUCGAGGAUGCUUAAGAAGAAUAGAUGGUGAACGACUAGAGUAUGUUAACUCUAUUGCAAGAAAAUUUCAAGAAAAAGAGAAUGCGAAAGCUGAUGCUGAAAAAGAUGAACCUCGUAUCACCCAAGGUGAGUCAAGUAGAAGAAGUGACGGUGUGUCAACCGGCACUAGAUCUAGACGAGCGCCGAGUAACGAUGAAAAUCCAAGGAGAAUUAAAAGAGGCAGAGGUCGAAGAGGUGGUGAUCGUGGAGGCCGAAGUAGUGGUGGUGGUCAUGGUAGGCAAUCUGGUAUUGAUCAAAGAGGUCGUUCUAGUGGCGGUGAUCGUGUCUGUGAAGUUUGUUGUAAGUGA